AUGUCGACAUCUAAGAAAAUCGUGUUGAAGAGCUCUGACGGUGAGACUUUCGAGGUGGAGGAAGAGGUAGCACUUCAAUCGCAGACGAUUAAACACGACAAAAUCCUAGCUAAGGUGGUUGAGUACUGCAAGCGCCACGUCCACAACACCUCCGAUGAUUAUGAUCAAAAGUCUUUCGACGCCGAGUUCGUCAAAGUUGAUCCGGACACUCUCUACCAUCUUCUCUUGGCUGCAAACUAUCUAAACAUAAAGAGCCUACAUCACCUCAUCUGCCAGACUGUGGUAGACAUGAUAAAGGGGAAGACGCCAGAGGAAAUCCGCAAGACACUCAACAUCAAGAAUGAUUUCGCUCCAAGGAAAGAAGAGGAGAUUCGCAAGGAGAAUCCAUGGGCCUUGGAGUGA